AAAAUUUCUUUAUGAUUUUCAAAAUAUCUUAACAUGCUGCAAUUGUAUUCAAUUAAAUCUUGUUCUUUUUUUUUUUAUCUUCAAAUUUUUUUAAUAAGUUUAAAUGCACUUUUUAAAAAACUGAAAUUAUCAUCAAUUAGGUUUAUAUUAUCGUUAAUAUAUUUAUUAUAUUUAUAAUAUGUCUUCUUUAUUUCAGAGACCAUCACUUCUACUGCUCUUCUUUCCGCUUCUCUUCUCCUCGCAUUCCUCUACAGCAAACAUAACACAAAGCUUUCUAAUACACCUUUUACACCUUACUCAUUUGUUUUGUCUGUAGUGUUUGAGUUUAUUUAUUUAUAUGUUAAAUGAAAAGUUUUUUUUCAGGUUUUUACCUGUAGUGAAAAUUGUUCUAAUAUAUUUUUUUCUUAUUUUAUGUAGGAAUUAUGGGAACAGUUGAAUACAGAAAACCCGAAUGGGUGACUCAUAUGGAAGACAUGCAGGCCAAACUAAGAGGUAAUAGCACUAUUUCUAUUGACUCGCUUGAUGAGCAUGAUUCUUGUCGUGGUGGAUUGACAAGUUCAUCGAAUUGGGAAUCUGUUGCUGACUUGAGUGAAUCUGUAUUUGCCUCUGCUGAAGGUAGCUUUUACCUCUUACCAGCUAUCGAGGAACAAAGUGAGGAAGCAUCUAGUGAAUCAUCACGGUCGGUAGGUCGCUCAAGAUCGCUGCACAAUGUAUCAGCUGGUUUGGAACACCUGGAUGUAAGGCGUAGAACAUUCCCUAGGUCAAAGGUUGAGGCCAAGUAUAAGGAUCUUGGCUAUCCAUUGGAGCCUCGUGAGCUUGAUCCAGAAGCCUUUGACCAGCUCCAUACAGCUGACUCUUCAGAGGAACUUCAGGAAUUUUUGCUCCUUGAGAGCCAGUGCAUGUCACAGGAAACUGGCUUAGCUGCCGCUUUCCUCUCAUCAGAACAACAAGCUGUGCCCACUUUUAUACGAGAAAUAACUGACGAGUAUGUUAAUGAAGAAGAGACUGUGACUUUUAUCAGUCAAUAUGCUGGAAAUCCACAACCAGGUGGCCCUUCUUUACAAGAAAGGAGUGCUGAAGAAACUGAAGAAAAAGUUGUUACAGAGGUAAUAGAAGAGAAAAAAGAAAGGAAGAAAAAGAAGAAGAAACCUGUUGUAACCCAUGAAGACAAACCAAGAGACUCAGUUGAUGUGAGUGAAAUUCAACCGUUAGAGAGUGUCACUACUUUCUCUGAAACAUUAGAAAUGGCCACUGCUAAAAAAAGAGUCGAUGUUCAAGAGUCAGUUGAAGUAACUGCUGUAGCAUCAUGCAAAAAAGUCCCAGAUGACAAAGAAUUUCCCACCGAUGUUCCUGAUGUUGCGGGCAUUGUGGCUCCAAUACAAGAAUCAGUUACUGUCUCAGAAACCACCAGUGCUGAGACUACUGGAGAAUUUUUCUCUGAGACUAGGCAAGAGGAGUUUGCAAACAUUCAAACAAGGACUACUCUGAAAAAGGCUAAAGUUCAAAAGACAACAACUCAGGUUCGUGAAACUGAAGAAAAGAUUGAGAUGGCAAUAACUGAGGACAUGCUUCCAUGGCAAGCACCUCUUCAGGAAUUAGCUCAAGUUGAUGUACUACUUCGUAAAGGAGUCACAGUGCAAGAGGUCGUAACACUAUAUGAAGCUUGGCAAUUCCCAGCCCUGAGAACAGCACCAGCCCAAAGUGCUCUUGUGUCCCUUGUAGAGCGUCAGGGCCACUCUUCUCUCAUAACAGAAAUGGUGACGCAUGAGUCAGUGGACCAGACACUUGCUGGAGUAUUCAAAGCAUUUCUCACUAUGGCGGAAAGAAAAGCAGCCUCAGUAUCCGAGAUCAUACCACUCUUCAAACCUGCUGAUUUCCAGAUUGCUCCUUGGGAGACAACAGCAACAAUGCCGGUUUGUUAUUAA